GGAUCAGACAGGCCUGGCAUGACGCCUACCUGAAGUGGGACAAGGAAGACUAUGACAACCUGGAGAUGAUCAACAUCCCGAGCGACCUGGUUUGGAAGCCGGACAUCGUCCUCUACAACAAAGCAGAUGAUGAGCCUGCAGAUGCAUCCAGCACUAAUGUGAAGCUGCGAUAUAACGGAGAGAUCAUCUGGGACUCUCCAGCCAUCACAAAGAGCACAUGUGUGGUGGACGUUUCCUACUUCCCCUUCGACUGGCAGCAGUGCAACCUCACCUUUGGCUCCUGGACCUACAACGGCAACCAG